AUGGCGCCCACGACCUCCCUCCCGGCGUCGGCCCUUCUCCUCCCCAUGGCCCUGGUGUGCAUGAGGCUGGCUGCUCCCUUUGCUUGCGCCGUGCCGUGUGGGCUUCGGUCCCCUCGCUUGGCAUGCCAUGAGCUCGGCCUCUCGCAGCCCUGCCUGCCACACAAAGUGAGUGCUCGUUCUGCCCGCGUCAUGUGUUAUGAGAAUUUAAAGAAUCAGCCAUGCCAUAUUAUACAUGCAGUGGAGAAGCAAACAAAUGAAGAAAUAAAAAAGAAUAUACUCCGUCUUCGAACAUCAAUUGAUGCAGUCCGAUGGUUAGCAUUCCAGGCUUGUGCUUUCAGAGGACACGAUGAAUCUAUUGACUCAAAAAACCAAGGUAAUUUUCUUGAGAUGGUAAAACUUCUAGCUUCUUAUGAUGAUGAGAGAAAUGAUGACCUUCAUGACAAUCAAGUUGCUGAAAUGGAGCAUCUAAUUGAACUUAAUGAGCUUGAAACUGGAAGUGGUGCUAACCAGAUUAGAACCUUGCAUCGUCCUGAGGAUACUAGAUGGAGCUCACAUUAUGAUUCAAUUUGUAGUCUUUUAAAGCUUUACAAGCCUACAUUUCUAGUAUUGAAAGAUAUUGCUAUUGCUAAAGGUUCAGGAAGCACACCUGCUUUGGGACGAGCAAAAAAUUUCUUGGUCUUUAUUAAAUUAAUGAUGUCAUUUGACUUUGUUUUUAUUUUGCAUGUUAUGAAAGAACUCAUGGGCAUCACAGACCUACUUUACAAAAAGCUACAGCAAAAAACUCAGGAUAUUGUCAAUGCUAUGGAUGAUGUGGCCACUACCAAGAAAUUGAUCCAAAGUUUAAGAGAUCAUGGCUGGAGUGCCCUUUUUAAUGAUGUGACAUCAUUUUGCAUAAAACAAGGAAUACAAGUGUCAAAUAUGAAUGCCUUCUAUGCGGACUAUAUUCGAUCUCGUGCUGAGAAUGAGCUAUCAGUUGAGCAUCACUACAAAUAUGACAUUUUCACAGUUGCUAUUGAUCAACAAUUACAUGAGUUAAAUAACAGGUUCAGUGAACAAGCCACAGAGCUUCUCAUUUUGUGUACAUCUUUGGAUCCUAGAGAUUCAUUUAGAUCGUUCAAAAUUGAUGAUAUUUGCCUGCUAGCUUCAAAGUUCUAUCCUGCUGAUUUUUCUGAACAAGAAAGAAAUAACUUGAGACAUCAAUUACAACAUUAUGAGCUUGAUGUCCUCGCAAAUCCACAGCUCCAGAAUUUAUCAACUAUUGCUAAUCUAUGCCGUCGACUAGCUGAAACUAGAAAAUCAAAUGACUAUUAUUUGAUUGACAGCUCGAUUCCCAGGGGAUCUAACUUCAUCACACUGAAAGUUCAUCCAAGAAGGGCAAGUGUCAUGCUCACCAAAUCAUUUGAACGCGACCUACUUAGCUACCUCUCCCCAGAUGCCUACUGGGCUGCCUCUGUGAAGCUGCAAGUGAGAAAGCAAACACCAGAGGAGCCGCUAUCUGAGGAAGACGAGAAACAUGCGGUGUCCGAUUCCCAAAUGCCGACGUUUGACUCUACCUGCCCGGCCCCCCAAUGCCAUGCCAAUUUGACGGAUCAUCUGAUGAGGAAAAUUAGCGAGGCAGCAACCCAUGUGCCUCCCCUGCCGGCUUUCCGGGCCGAGCUGGAAAAGGAGGAGGAAUCUUUGCGUCCCCCCCCUGCUUUUAAGCGUCUGCUCCUGCAUCAGCGUCGAUCAGGACCUUCCAAUCACUAG